AUGGAGUACGCAUUGAAGCACACAACACGCUUCGACAACGGCCCACUUCUCGACCGGCUACACGAUGAAAACUUAUACACUGUCUUGCCAGACCUGAAGACUGUAUGUUUGAUACGCGGUACAAAUGGAUUCAUUGGAUACGACGAGUUCAUGCAAGAGGCACAAGGCGUACCGGAUAAUAUCCUCGACAUAUUCGAUGGCGUUGUAAGUCCGCACGAUGUCGUGAAUUUGCAAUUCACAAGUGGGAGCACUGGCAAUCCAAAGGCUGCGAUGUUGACACAUCAGGCAGCAUUCACUGACCUACGUUACAGCAACCUUGUCAACAACUCUCGCUUCAUUGGUGACCGCAUGAAACUCACACCUAAAGACACUCUUUGCUGUCCGCCUCCCCUCUUCCACUGCUUUGGUCUCACUCUCGGCGUCCUCGCCACACUGAGCCAUGGCGGUAAGAUCGUAUUCCCCGCCGAGUCCUUCGACCCUGUCGCAACGAUGCAUGCAAUCAACGAUGAACGAUGUACAGCACUACACGGUGUUCCCGCCAUGAUGGAGUCUGUCAUAAAUGUGAAGAAGCCCGCAGGCUGGAAGUCACAGCUACGGACGGGCAUCGUCGCAGGCAGUCCCGUUCCACGCUGGUUGAUGGAGCGCAUGGUAGAGGAACUCGGCAUGCUCGAGUUCACAUCGAGCUACGGGUUGACUGAAGCUUCGCCGACGGUGUUUAACGCGCAUACUACUGACUCUCUACAUGCAAGACUAACGACUGUUGGUACCGUGCUGCCACAUGCGCGCGUCAAGAUUGUGGAUAAUCAAGAUCACAUCGUGCCUAUCGGCGUGCGAGGCGAACUAUGCAUCUCGGGCUAUCAAGUAUGUCGCGGCUACUGGGAGAACCCUGAGAAGACUGCCGAGCUGCUCGUGCGUGAUGAGCAGGGCGAGGUAUGGUUGCAUACAGGUGACGAAGCUGUUCUUGAUGUUGACGGGUACUGCACUAUCACCGGUCGCUUCAAGGACAUUAUUAUUCGAGGCGGCGAGAACAUCUAUCCCCUCGAGAUUGAAGAACGUCUCGUCGAGCACGCUUCAAUAGCGCGGGCCAUCGUCGUAGGCGUAUCGCAUCCCCGUUACGUAGAAGUUCCGGCUGCUUUCUUACUACGCAAAGAAGGUGCUGAGAAGCCGGAUCUCGACGAAGUCAAGAGCUGGGUAAGACAAGUGCUGGGCAGACAUAAAGCACCCAUGCACGUAUUCUGGCUCGGUGAAGACUGCAGCGCUGAUGUGCCGCUGACAGGUAGCGGGAAGAUCAAAAAGUUUGUUCUGAGAGAUGUUGCCGAAGGGCUGUUGAAGAAGUCAUGA